AUGGGUGUUGGUCUUUCGACGGCUUUGCGGUUACACCGCAAGGCUCCAGCUCCACCCCUCGCAAAUACCUGCGCUCACGACGAAGAGCAAAAUAAAUGUGAAGCCGAGAUUGACAGCUACGAUAAUCACGAUAAUCACCCUCAAAUACGCCAGCUUCUUCAUAUUACAAUUCCACAUGCAAUGGAGCCUACAAACCCAUAUCCAGAAGAAUUGUGCAGUGGGGGCCUUCAGACUGACCAUCCACCUUCAGAACCCUCAUCUCUUCUACACGCAUCCACUACCGAGUCCUCUACAAAAUCAAGGAUUCAAUGUGUUGGGUGUUGCAAGUCACUGCCCGCAAAGAAGGAUCCCAACUAUUCCAAAGAAGUCACCAGGCCCUGCGAUAGCUGCGUGAGCCCCUUCUGCAUUGCCUGUGUUCGAGACAUCUUUUUGAAGGCGUGCAAGGACAGUUCGCGUAUGCCUCCGAGACGCUGCACCCUAAUCCCCAUCCACAAGGCGCGGCAGUGCCUGAGCGCAGAGGAAGUAGCGUUGUUCAAGCUCAAGUAUGAAGAGUGGUCUACGCCUCGUCCGUUCUAUUGUCCGGUGCCCACUUGUUCGACUUUUAUCCCCGAGCGAUUACUGCCCCUACGCGUGAAUGCAGAGGGCAAAAGGACGGAUUCGGGAGUGGGAAUGCCAACGGCGCAGAGCUUUAGCUGUCGAAGCUGUGCAACGAGUAUCUGCGUUGAAUGA